GAAGGCUUCAGCUGACAAGAAAGAUGGCGCUGCCCAUGUUAAGAGGUUGUUACAGACUGCCGUCAACACUGAGCUUCACUCGGUUGUUCUUAAACGACAGUCCCGUCCUGAACCGGUCCGGUAGGAGACGGUUAUCUCCGUGCUCUGCUGCCGCCGUGGCAGUAUCGGUCCGACCGUACAGCUCAGAGCAAGGCGAGCACAAACAGAAGGUGGUGGUGGUCGGCAUCCCGAAUCCCUUCAUCUGGUUCCGCACCAGGAUCUACUACUUUCUGAUCAGAACCUACUUUGACAAAGAGUUCAACAUUGAAGAAUUCGCGGAGGGAGCGAAGCAGGCCUUCUCACAUGUUUCCAGACUGCUGUCACAGUGUCAGUUUGAGGCUCUGGAGGGGCUCGUAGCUAAAGACCUAAUUGGAAAGCUGGAGGAGAAGUGCAGCUCACUGCCAUCGGACUACAAGAAAGCUCUCUCUGCUGAUCCUGAUGAGAUCAUGUACACAACCCCUGGAGACGUGGGGAUCUUCUAUGAUGAUAACGGGAGAAAGUUUGUCAGCAUUCUGAUGCGUUUCUGGUACCUGACAAGCGCGCAGCUUCCUGAUGAGUCUAUGGAGGGAACUCGUAUCUUUAAGGUGGCCAUUGGAGACGGAGAGGAGGAACCCGAAACAAAGAGACUGUUAACUGCUAUUUAUGAAUUCCAAAGGGAGUUUACGAAAGGAGUGCCUCCAGACUGGACCAUUACAAGGAUAGAACACUCCAAGCUUUUGGAUUAAGGUGGUUGUGAUUUAAGGCACACGUGCCAGUGGAAGACUAGUCACAGACAUGAAAUUCCCCUCAGUAUUUUGCUGGUAUUAAAUUGAGCCAAAGUGGCUCAACUUUAUCCACAGAGGGGAAUCCAGACACAGCUUCUCACUGAGAAGUCAGAGGAAGGCAGCAAGACAAAGCUGGAUUUAUCCACUAUUCACCACAGACAGACUCAUAAGCCAAUCAUAACAGUUCACCGAUGCUGUCCACUGUAACAGUGUUGCUGAUUCUUUUCUUUGCUCUCUCUUAUAUCUUAGAAGCUGCUGAUUAGAACUUGACUAGAUCUGUGAACUCUUGAUCUGGAAGGGGUGGUACUUUCAGGAAUGGGGCCAGGGGAACAGAAUAUUAUUUUCAGCUAACCAACUUAUGGUUAACUUAUUUCUGCUGUUCUGUGGUACCAGGUAGAUAGGGUUUAUUAUCAUACUAGCAAACACUGAGACUGACUGACCAGAAAAACACUAUCUGAUCGUCCUGAUGCGAUACAUUUCUCCCAUAUUAUUUGCUGACAGUAUCAGACCCACGUCUAAUGAUGUGACUCAAAUGGUUAAAGUCUACUAUGAAUUUACUUUUCACAUUUAGAUCUUUUGAAGAAUGUGUUGUAAGUUAAAAACAGAUGAAAAUGUGAAAUCAUUCCCUGAGGAAAAACUCAUGAUUUGUAUAUGGCACUUUACAUAGAAACUCACAACUUCUGUGUUUCAGAGAAGACGGAGUGUUGACUGAUUCUGCAUUUGUGACGAGGGAAAUCGUGUCUUCACUUUGAGGGACUGUGUGCUAUACAGAUCUUGCAUUUUAGUGUACCAGUUUUUUUUUCUACACACAAUAAAUGGAUCUUUCAUGUUUUCAUCCCCAUACUAAAGUAUUUGACCUGUUGCAGUCACGUGAAUUUGGGCUACUGUACAUGCUCGUGUGUACAUGUGUUCGUGAAGUUGCAGCAGACUUUUGACUGUUUUAUUAAAGAUUUGACAACUGAAAUGUU